UGUAAUGAAGAAAAGUCAUCUCUCUCUAGUUUCUAGAGAGAGAAACUGAAAACAAAAAAAUAAAAAUAAAAUAAAAAAGCAGAGGGAGGGAGGACGGUGGAGACGAAGGUUAGAGAAAGUGGAUAGAAGAGAUAUGUGUAAUUCUGUUCAUAGCUGACUUGAUUAUACAGAAGCAGCGGUUCGGUGGCAAUUGUUUUAUUUAACUCUUGAUAGAGGAAGAUAUUAGAACAAUAAAUCAAAUGCCAUCACUAAAAAUGAAGACCAAAUCAUCAAAGGGUUGUUUAAGAGAAAAAAAUGGUCUUCACGUAUGCCGCCAGUCAAGUAUGAUAUUCAAGGACUCAUCUUCUUGUGUCAGGAGCUGCGUACAAGCCGAAGAGCUUGAUAGUUACUUCCAAAACGAGCAGGAUGUUCCUGUAUGCAAGAAAGUAGAUUGUCCUGAUAUAGAAAUUGAUAACAUUACGGAACACCAAGAAUUGCCUGAUGUAGACAAUCUUCAGUCCGAAGAGCAACCAGUGUCCUUGGCCUAUGCAGAGGGGGAAAUGGAAUCUACUGUACCAAGCAUCGCUGCAUCAAGCUUAGAAACUAUAUUCUCACCUGUGUUGGAGUUGAACAAUAUUCCACUUGAAUCAGAAUUUGAUAAUUUUACAGGAAACAACGUAACACUGGAUGUACAACAACUGGGACCUGAGGAUAGUAAUGGUAAUUGUGGAAGUGCGUCUGAAUGUCAAAUAUGCAACGUGUCAGAUCUCUACAUUCCUGAAAGGAUGAUUGCAGGAUUACAUGAUGAUGGGAAUUCAGGAUACAAUGAUCUGACAGGCACAGUUAGCUUACCUGAUUAUAGAUGCAAUGAACCGAGUUCACUGAUUGAUUCUACUGAAGAGUAUAUGAUUCUUCCUUUCCUUGUGGAGACCAUGGAAACGAGCUGCGAACAGGAUGCCAGAACAAGUGAAGACACAGUACUAGAUUCAGACAAUUCAAGUUUAUAUCUUGCAAUCCAUCAGUUAAAAUCGUGUGACCAGGAAGAUGAUGUUAAUUUCUUCUCUGAUUUAGCUCAGGAAGAGUGCUUUGAUCCUCGUAUAUUCUUUAGGAACAUGCCUGACCUACCAGAGGUAGCAGCAGAUAUGCAGUCUGACUUAUUGACAAAAGAUUGUCAGGCGACCAAAUCUGUAACCCUAGUACUUGACUUGGAUGAAACACUUGUCCACUCUACUCUGGAACCUUGUGAUAAUACUGAUUUCACUUUCCCUGUUUUCUUCAACAUGAAAGAACAUACUGUGUAUGUGAAAAGGAGGCCUUAUCUUCAGAUGUUUCUUGAAAAGGUUGCACAAAUGUUUGAAAUUGUAGUGUUCACAGCCAGUCAAAGCAUUUAUGCGUCACAACUUCUUGAUAUACUGGACCCUGAUGGAAGGCUCAUCUCUGGCCGAGCAUAUCGUGAAUCAUGCACUUUCUCUGAUGGAAGUUACACCAAAGACUUGACUGUUCUAGGUGUAGAUCUUGCAAAAGUUGUCAUUAUUGACAAUUCCCCACAGGUUUUUCAGUUACAAAUCAACAAUGGAAUUCCUAUUAAGAGUUGGUUCGAUGACCAAUCAGAUAGUGCACUAUUUUCAUUGCUUCCCUUCCUAGAGACCUUGGUUGAUGUUGAUGAUGUUCGUCCAAUAAUUGCCAAGAGAUUCGGUAACAAGGAAUAAGAGUCCCCUUUGUCUCCUUUUUUUGCUCCAUUUAAUAGGCUCUGUCUCCCCUCUGCUCCUAUUUGACACAACUAUCCUCACAUGCUCAAUAUCCGUUUCUCAUUGAGCUCUUGCUACAAGGUGCACUAAGAAAGUACUACUAGCCUUUUGAUUAUUUGCUUUUAGCUUUGUUUCUUCGUUUUUUAACAUGAUUUCAAAUGCUUGGACCUGAUUUGUGAUAGAAGAUAAGUGGAGAAGAACUUCAUAUAGUUGCGCUGUACAGUUAAGAGAUGGUUCAAUAGUAAAAGUUUGUGUAUAUGGAUCACUCUGCUUUGAAGAGAAUCUUCUAAUGAGACAUUGAUUUACCUUACC